GUGGCCAGCACGGGCAGGGUCCUGUGGCCACGUCCCCCCCUAACCCCUGCCCUGCUCUCGCCUUGCAGGACUCCAUGUUCUCCCUGGCCCUGAAAUGCCUUAUCAGCCUCUCCACCGUCAUCCUCCUGGGCCUCAUCAUCGCCUACCACACGCGGGAGGUGCAGCUCUUUGUGAUCGACAACGGAGCCGACGACUGGCGGAUAGCGAUGACGUAUGAACGCAUCCUCUACAUCAGCCUGGAGAUGCUGGUUUGUGCCAUACACCCCAUCCCUGGGGAGUACAAAUUUUUCUGGACAGCCCGCCUGGCUUUCUCCUACACGCCUUCUCGGGCAGAGGCGGACGUGGACAUCAUCUUGUCCAUCCCCAUGUUCCUGCGCCUCUACCUGAUCGCUCGGGUGAUGCUGCUGCACAGCAAGCUCUUCACCGACGCCUCCUCGCGCAGCAUCGGGGCGCUCAACAAGAUCAACUUCAACACCCGCUUCGUCAUGAAGACUCUCAUGACCAUCUGCCCCGGGACGGUGCUGCUGGUCUUCAGCAUUUCCCUCUGGAUCAUCGCGGCGUGGACGGUCCGGGUGUGCGAGAGGUACCACGACCAGCAGGACGUAACCAGCAACUUCCUGGGUGCCAUGUGGCUCAUCUCCAUCACCUUCCUCUCCAUCGGCUACGGCGACAUGGUCCCGCACACCUACUGCGGGAAAGGUGUCUGCCUGCUCACCGGCAUCAUGGGUGCCGGCUGCACGGCGCUGGUGGUGGCUGUGGUGGCCAGGAAGCUGGAGCUCACCAAAGCUGAGAAGCACGUCCACAACUUCAUGAUGGACACGCAGCUGACGAAGCGGAUCAAGAACGCAGCAGCCAACGUCCUGCGGGAAACGUGGCUCAUCUAUAAACACACCAAGCUGCUGAAGAAGAUCGACCACGCUAAAGUCAGGAAGCAUCAGAGGAAAUUCCUACAAGCCAUUCACCAGUUGCGGAGCGUGAAGAUGGAGCAGAGGAAGCUGAGCGACCAAGCCAACACCCUGGUUGACCUCUCAAAGAUGCAGAACGUGAUGUACGACCUCAUCACCGAGCUCAACGACCGCAGCGAGGACCUGGAGAAGCAGAUCAGCAGCCUGGAGUCCAAGCUGGAGCAGCUCAGCGCCAGCUUCAACUCCCUGCCCCUGCUGAUGGCCGACAUGCUGCGCCAGCAGCAGCAGCGCCUGCUCGCCGCCGUCCUGGAGGCGCGGGGGGUCAGCGUGCCGGUGGGCACCCCCCAAACUCCUCUCUCCGAGAGCCCCAUCGGGGUCAGCUCCACCUCCUUCCCCACCCCUUACACGAGCUCAAGCAGCUGCUAAAACGCAGCCCCUCAGUCCCCCACGGACAGGGGAAGCGUUUCCACGUAGGUCCCGAGGUCUCCACGGACUUUCUUCUGGUCCUCGAACCACCGCAGGACCCUUCGGCCGGAGCUGGUGGGACCAGCAGUGCCGAGCGAUGCUCGGAGCUUUGCCAACGCCUUGGUAUCGGGAAUCGCAUCCCCAUUCAGGUGCCUCUACACGUGGUGAAGGAAGGGGACGGGAGGCGACGCCUCGGGCGAGCCUGCGCCGCGGCGUCCGGUGGCGGACGGAAAACCCACGCUCAAUCUCAGGUCUUCACAUUUGAAAACAAAACCAACAAGUCAGAAGCACUGAAGCAACGGAGACACCAGAAGGAGAGUUUUCCUCCCCUGCGUGGACCCCGCCGGGGGACGGGGUGCUCCCCUCGCCCCCUGCCCCUCUCACCAUCGCAAAGCCCCCCUGGGCAGAUGCCAGCGUGGUGGUUUCUUGCACAGGCUCUGACCUACGCUGCCCGCGCUCCAUCCCACCUCCUUACCAGGACCCGCACGAACCGCCCCUCCUCGCAUUGCCGGGUGGGUGACCAGUGUCUGGCCGUAACCUCCCCGGGGGGAGUGUUUUCUGCCCGGGCAGAACAAGAGAUGCUUCUUCUUUCUGGUCCUCGGUGUCAUAUUCUGCCUGGAGACACGUGCCAGAGCCGGGAAAGCAGUGCCUCAAGCGUGCGGGGAUGCGGGGCUGGGCAGAGCUGCCCCCAGCCAACGCGGUGAUGGCCAGUGACGGGGCUGGCGGGCCAGCCCGGGCGCAGGGGGGGUGGUCUCCCGGUGCUCACAUCCCCAGCAUUUUGGGAAGCCAGCAGGCUCUUUGCAACGGCCUCAAAACUGCCGGAUGAAAAACUCCAUCAGCUACAACCGCCUCCGCUCGCAGCGGGAACGUCCGCGCUCGAGCCCAGCCGGCAGCGCCAAAUUCACCGAGGUCGAGCGGGAGCUCGCUGGCAAGUGAGGUGGUAGCGGGGGCAGGCGCUUCAUCUGUUUAAAACAAAUCCCGUCGCCUUCGGGCCGCUUCUGCUGGGCUCGGUGGGGAUCAGCAGCACCGGCCGGCGCCGUCUCGGCAACGGUGCCGGUGCUCGGUAUUAGCCGCCGCCUGUGCCUGCCAAAGCGCAGCCCCUCGUGCUUUUUCUUUUUUUUUUUUCUUUUUAUUGUCGGCGUUCAGCUUCCUGAGGUACCCUUGCAUCACCUGGCUACUUCUGGAACCAGCCAUUUUCCAUUCUGUUUUCACCAUUUCGCCUUUUUUUUUCCUCCCCAGUGCUGCCCGGGGGUCAUGUUCAGGCUCUGCUGGGUCCUUGCCUGGAGCCCUGCCCACUGCUGCUGGGCUCCAGCUUUGGGGCUGGUGUUUGCUGCUUUUAAUGAAAACCCAGCAGAGGCUAUUUAUAUAUUUUUAAACAGAUGAAGUAACCGUGUAAUUACUCCGCGAUAUUAAUUACACCUCGCCCAGCAGUGUCAGUAAUUGUAAUCAAAGUCACUGUGUUACUCCAGGUAUACUCAGCCUGUAAACUCCUUUGUAACUCUUUCCCUUCCAUAAGUAACGCUGGAUUUCGUGCGCACGUAGGCAGGGACAUAUCAGCCCGAUGCCGAGGAAUUUCUGUGCAAAACUCCACUUGCUGCUGGUGGUAGGUGGUUUACUCCUUGUGCCCUGCAAUUAAACGUACAUGGAAAACAAGCGGUAGCUAGCGAGGAGCGCUCCCCCCUGCCGGUCCCAGCCAGUGGCAGGAGGAGGAGGAGGAGGAGGAGGAGGAAGGCUGCAAGGUGACGACAGCAGGAGUGCUGCAGAAUGAGCUCCUGGUGCUGCAGAGGUGGUUGCGUGGAGCCCAUGGGUAGCAGGGUAGCGAGCCACGGUUGUUCCCAUCGCAUUCAGGGAGGAAAGGAGACGCACGGCGCUCGCUGCCAGCCUUUUCUGGUCCUCAGCCGGCAGGAGAUACUCGGCUUCUGGGAACGAGCUGCUCUUCCCCUCUUCCAAGCUUUUGUCAUUAGUGUAAUUGCAGGGUGGGCAGGAUGGCUGGGAGAGCGUCGCUGCCUUGGCAGCCCCCCAAGGUCUGUUCUUAGCCCUGCUGCUGCUCCCUGUGUGCCUACAGGUGACCCUCAGCCCUACCUCCCCGGCAGGACGAGCUUCUGCCCACCUCAGAGAGGAGGUUUCCAGCGUGGCAAUGGAGAAAAGGUUGCAAACGCUGAGAAUGAGCCUGAAACAACGUGGUGACUCCACUGGCCUGCGGGCAGCCAGAGGAGAAAAACCCUUCCACGCCUCUCCGGGGGUUCGGGCAGGAACAAACUGCCGCGUGCGAUGGGGCUGUGCAGGGGGCGAGGUGCAGAGUUGUAUCCUAGAGCGUCAGAGAGCCGGAGGAAGCGUUGCUGCUUGAGAAUUGAUGCCGCCUUACGGGCUAAUGAUCAAAUCUGGGAAAUCAAACUGAGUGAGAUGAGACCAGGCACUGUCAGCUUGCUGGGCCCUGAGGCGCCGGAGGGUCGUGAAGGACCAGUGGUGAGAGCUUCGGGAUGGCAACUGGUGCAAGAGAUGUUUGUUUUGGGGCAGAGCUGCUGCUUCAGCAGGAUUUCACCAAGGGCUGACAGGAGCUGGGCUGGGGCGGUGUGAUCUCUGCACCUCACACCCCACCCCCUGCAUCCCCCAGCCUCACCCCUGCACAGGCUGCACCCCAAACAGCCGCUCUGCCCGAGACCUCGCGGCCCUGGCUCUGCACCCUGUGCUCUGCACCUUUCACCCUGCAUCCUGCGCGCCCCUGCACCCCCCAUCCCACCCCCUGCAUCCCAUGCACCCUGCAGCCCCCACCUCCUCCCGCACCCCCAUAUUCCACCCACACCCCUGCCAGUGCUUCAACACCGGUGCCGGUAGCCCAGCCCCACUGCCCCGAGCACCGGUCUCACCGGACCCCACCAAAGCCGGCACCGGGACUAACCCCCACCCAGCCCCGCUGCCGGGACCGGGGAACCACCCCAGUGCCACAGACAUGGGGGGGAGCCCCCAGCACCCCAGCAUGGCCCAGUCCACAGCAUCCCUCGGUGCUGGGGGGCUCUGGGCCCGGGGUGCCCGCCUGGAGCUGCCGCCCUGCUCCAUCCAAGCAGCUCUCGGUCCCCGGCAGCGGAGCAGCCUCAGUGCCGACAGCAGCCCCCGGCUCACGCCCAGGGGAACGUGGCAGCUCGAGCUGGAGUGUCCCUUCGUGGCAGCAGCUGGCAGAGCUCCGGUAAACAGCUCCGGUAAAUGCUCCCCAGCCGGUGCUUGUCUACACACCUGAGAAUGUCAUUGGAGCCUGCGGCCCCGAAGGGCAUCGGGGACAAGUGGAGAGAAGAGCUGGGACCAGCGACCGAGGUGGAGGAAAAGUACAAGAACAAAACUGCGAUGCAGAGUUAUAAUCCCAAAGAGAUGCCGACCUCCUGCAGCUGGGAAGCAUCCGACCCCACGCACCGGCGGGGCUGAACCCCGAAGCCCCUCCAGGACCCACCUAGCCACAGCCAGUCUCAUUUUUGGCACAGCCUCAUUUGGGGUUUUUUUUUUGUUUUUUUUUUCUUUUGCUCCACAAACCUCCUCCCUGCGCUGCCUGUGAGGAAACGUCCUAGAAACGCCAGAAAAUUACCACGGCCUCUCUGCAGACUCACAGACGUUUCUGUCCAGACUUAAGGAGCUUCGACCUGGGUUUGCAUCUUGCCUCUGUACUGCUCGCUUCUUUUUUAACAAUAGGGGAAAGCAUAAUAGUUUAUUUUAACUAUGAAAUAUAUUGCUAUAUUAUAAAGGU